AUGGACGAGUUACGCCGACAAAUUCAAGAACUACAAGAAAUUGUGGAGGAACAACAAUCUCUACUCAAUCGUCGAAGGAACUCCAAUUCAGAAAAUGAUUCUGAAGAAAGUGACUAUUCGUCUAAUACCAGUCACCCACGAAGAAAGAGCACUCGAGGCUACUUCGACAACAUCAAGAUAGACAUUCCUGAAUUUGAGGAGAGACUACAGCCAGAUGAAUUUGUGGAUUGGUUACAGACAGUGGAGCGUGUGUUCGAAUUAAAAGAAAUUCUGGAUGAACAAAAGGUCAAGAUCGUCGCUGUUAAAUUGAAGAAGCAUGCAUCCAUUUGGUGGGAAAAUAUAAAGAAGAAACGUGAGCGGGAAGGCCGAAGCAAGAUAAAGACAUGGGAGAAAAUGAAAAAAGAACUCACACGUAAGUUUCUUCCUGACCACUACUAUCAAGAUAAUUUUAUUAAGUUCCAUAAUUUACGCCAGGAUUCUAAGAUAGUAGAGGAGUAUACUAGAGAAUUUGAAUUAUUGAUGAUGAAAUGCGAUAUACAAGAGAAGGAAGAACAAACAAUUGCUAGAUUUCUUGGAGGGCUAAAUCCUGAAAUUUCCCAGCUUGUCCAACUACAACAGUAUUGGACCCUAGAUGAUGUCAUCAAGUUAGCCAUUCGAGUCGAAAAGCAACUCCCUAAAAGAUCAAUAUUCCAACCAUCAUCCUCACGAAGCCCUUUUACCCCUCGCAAAGCUCAACCAUCGCAACCUACAGCUACAAACAAAACCCUUUCCAACCCUGUUAAAGACACUAGCCCCAAACAACCAACCCAAUCCAAAUCGCCCAAAUGCUUCAAAUGCCAGGGUUAUAGGCAUAUUGCUUCUGACUGUCCUAAUCGAAGAGUUGUCACUAUCAUUGAAGGAGAGGCCUACGAAGCAUUUGAAGAAGAACUUGAAUUCUACCAAAAUGAUUUCAACAGUCUUCCAGUGUUUGAUGAAGAGUUGACCCCAACAGAUCAUGGAGAAGCCUUAGUGGUUAGACGCAGUCUUCACACAGCUGCUGUUAUAGAAGAACCAUGGAUGAGACACAAUAUAUUCCACACUCAAUGCACCACUCAAGGUAAAAUUUGUGAUGUCAUCAUCGAUAGUGGAAGUUGUGAAAAUGUUGUGUCUAGCUACAUGGUGGAGAAAUUGAAGCUCCCUACUAAGGAUCAUCCACAUCCCUACAAGCUACAAUGGCUGAAUAAGGGUAAUGAAGUCAAGGUUAGUCAACGUUGCCUAGUUGCUUUCUUAAUCGGAAAAAAAAUAUCAAGAUGA